UUCACUUGACUGGACUAUCUCUAAAGGUUGUCUCUAGAGAAUUAAGAGCGCAGGAAGCGAAGGAGGAUGCCUGCGUCUGCUGUUCACAGUGUUCAGUGUCCUGCUUGUGGCACAAAGCAGGACAAAGCUCCAGGACUUUCAUGUCAGGAGGACUACACGGGGACCUGCAUCAGCUGCGGCUUCUACAUGAAACUACGACUACAACAGGGAGCUAGCGACGGCGUCACCUUCACCGUCAACGGCACUCAGUGCACAGUGGGAGAUGAAUUUCACCCCGCCACAUCCCUCAACGAGUACCUGAGGAGGACAGGUGUGUCCCGGGGUACGAAGCAGCUGUGUAUUGAAGGAGGGUGUGGGGUGUGUCUGGUGGCCGUGAAACUGUACGAGCCGGUCAGCGCCACGUCACAGGUGUACGCCGUCAACUCGUGUUUAGUUCAGCUGUACAUGUGUGACGGGUGGGAGAUAACGACCAUCGAAGGACUGGGCAAUGUCCGAACUGGCCUCCAUGCAAUACAAAAGCGUCUGACUAAGUACAAUGGAGCUCAGUGUGGCUUCUGUAGCCCCGCCCAAGUCAUGAAUAUGUAUGGACUGCUUCAGAGAAACCCCACACCCACCAUGCAGCAGGUCGAGGACGCCUAUGAUGUCUCUAUUUGCCGAUGCACAGGAUACAGGCCAAUCUUGGACGCCAUGAAGUCAUUUGCUUCAGACGCCCCACCAACUCCAAGGGGCAUGAUUGAUAUUGAGGAUCUGAACCCCAAGAUGUGCAAGAAGACCGGCGAGAGAUGCGAGGGCAAGUGUAACAACAAGAAGGACAAGAAGGACUGUUCCAGUGCUCGACAACAGGACAGUGGUUCCCCGAGUAGCGUGGGCGCCAGGGCUGUGUGGUUCAAACCCACCACACUGCAAGAGCUGUACACCCUGCUCCAUCAGCACCGCGCGGACAACUACCGUCUGGUCUUCGGCAACUCUGGCUUUGGUGUAUACAAAGAAAUUGGACCGUGGAUGUACGACAUAUUAAUUGACAUCAGAGGAAUACAGGAGUUAUACAGGAUAGAGUUCACUCCCUCGCUGGUGUGGGGCGCUAACCUGACGCUGACCAACAUCCACGACCUGUGCGACAAGGCGCGCAGCAACGCAUCACUGCCGUACGCCGCCGUCUUCGCGGAGCACAUCAAGAAAGUGGCCAACAAUGGCGUCAGGAACCUGGGGUCAUGGGCAGGCAACCUCAUGCUAAAACACAGACAUCCAGAGUUUUCCGACAUCUUUACCAUGCUGGAGGUCGUUGGAACCCGACUUCUGAUUGGCGAUGAAACCGGAAACAGAAGCCAGUGCACCUUGAAAGAAUUUCUCAGCCUGGACAUGCAGGGCAAAGUCAUCGAGGCAGCCUUACUCCCAACCUACACCGACACCAACUACUACAUCCGACUUUACCGUGUUUCACAACGACUACAGUCUGACCAUGGUCACGUGAUAGCAGGGUUCAACAUGAAGAUUGACAAGACCAAUAACUGCACGGUGCUACAAAAGCCAACUAUUGUUUUCCAGGGCAUCAGCGGCACUCUGAACCGUGCUGAAAAUACAGAAACUUUUCUAGAAGGAAAGCAGCUGGGUGAUCCUCAAGUUCUGAGAGACUGCUUUUCCAUGCUGAAAAUGGAACUGAACCCUGCCAGUAAUCCUGUACUGGCCAGUGCUGAGUAUCGGCAAAGCGCUGCAUUGUCUUUUUUCUACAAGUACGUGCUGGACGUGUGUGGAGACAAGGUGGCUCAGAGGUACCGCAGUGGCGGCGCCAGUCUGGUGCGCCCAGUGUCGUCAGCGAGUCACUCGUACGACACUCGCAGGGAGGAGUGGCCCCUCAACGAGCCCAUGACAUCCAUUGACGCGGAUUACCUGGUUUCUGGAAUGGUUCGGUACUUGGAUGAUGUUCCUUUGGAGCCGGACGAGCUGCACGCUGCCUUUGUCAUCAGCACAGAGGGAAACGCUGAGAUCGCAUCCAUUGAUGCUCAAAUGGCGCUAACUUUACCAGGGGUACGCAAGUUCAUCCAAGCUUCAGACUUUCCAGCUGGAGGAAUUAACAAUUUUUCUAGUCCAUUUGCAGUAGAAGAGAUUCUUUCCAGCGGUCGUGUGCAGUAUGCUGGCCAGCCCAUUGGCAUCAUCGUUGCAGACGACCCUCAGAUGGCAAGUACAGCUGCCUCCAUGGUCAGGGUGACCUACAAGAAUGUCCAGCCUCCAUUGUUAGACCUCAGGACGGCCAUCAACCAGAAGUCGUUCUUUCCUCGCCAGAUGGAUCCUGUCAUCAGAGGUGACCCAGACUUGGCCAUAGCCCAGUCCCCUCAUCGCCUGACUGGGUCUGUAGAAGUAGGAGACCAGUACCACUUCUACCUGGAGUCACAGAGCAGCAGGUGUGCCCCCAACGACACUGGGGGCAUGGACGUGCGGGCGACAACCCAGUGGGUGGACUUGAUCGUGAAUGUGGUAUCACGGGUCCUCAACAUCCCAGUAAGCAGCGUGAACCUGGAGGUCGAACGCUUAGGCGGCGCGUUUGGAGGAAAGGCCACUCGCAAUGCAAUGGUGUCAGGAGCAUGCGCCCUGGCCGCCUACAUCAUGCAAAGGCCCGUGCGCUUGGUGAUGGACCUGCACACAAACAUGAAGUCGCUUGGAAAACGUCUUCCAUAUUUUGCUGAGUACGAGGUGGGAUUGACUGAGGAAGGAAAACUUAACGGAAUCAAACUGACGUGCUACCGUGAGUGUGGUUACAGCGAUGCUAGCGGGGGCUCAUUUGGUGUUGCAAACUUCAUCGACAGCACCUACUUUUGUCCGAACUGGAGCCUAAAGCCAAUCACUGUAAAAACAAACAAAGCAGCCAACACCACCUGCAGGGCACCAGACUGCGUACCUGCUCAGUUUGUAAUCGAGACAGUGAUGGAGAAUAUUGCCAAAGAGCUCAACAAGGACCCAACAGAAAUCCGAAAAAUAAAUUUCUACCAGAAAGGACAGUUUUCUCUGAACGGAUCAAGGCUGGACUACUGCAACAUCGGAGAAAUUGUUUCUCAGUUAGAAGCAUCUUCUGACUUGGAAACCCGUAAACAGCAGGUGGCAGAGUUUAAUCAGGCAAACCGUUGGAGAAAGCGUGGCAUCUCCGUGGUCCCCACAAGAUAUCCGAUGGGAUGGGGUGGCCAUUACAGUGUGUUUGUGGCCAUCUACAACUCUGACGGCUCUGUCGCAAUCGAACAUGGCGGCAUUGACAUGGGACAGGGAAUCAACACAAAGGUGGCACAGGUGUGCGCCUAUGAGCUGGGUGUACCAAUGUCGUUGAUCCGUGUCAAAAAGAAUUCUUCUACUGCCAACGCCAACUCGACCUACACUGCGGGCUCCAUGGGCAGUGAACUGUGCAGCAUGGGAGUCAUCCAGUGUUGUCAGAAAAUCAAGGCAAACAUGGCGCCAGUUCGGAUGAGGAUGCCGACAGCGGCAUGGAAGGACAUUGUUAGCGAGUGUUACCGCAGUGGAAUCGACCUUUCAGCCCACGCCUACACCAACCCGUACAGUGAGUUCCCCACUAGAUACAGUGUGUACGCAGCUGCCGUGGCGGAGGCUGAGGUGGACAUCCUCACAGGCCAGUCACAGAUCAACCGCGUGGACAUCUUGUAUGACUGCGGGGAAAGUUUGAGUCCAGAAAUAGACAUUGGCCAAGUGGAGGGUGGCUUUAUGAUGGGUGUGGGAUGUCAUCUACUUGAGGACAGCAAGUUUGACCCCCAAACCGGAGUCCUUCUGACGGAUGGAACUUGGGAAUACAAGCCACCUUUGCCUAAAGACAUUCCCAUAGAUUUCCGGGUAAACUUCCUGAGAAACUCACCUAAUCCUUUAGGGGUACUUCGCUCCAAAGCCACCGGCGAGCCUCCUGUUGCCAUGGGUAGUGUCGCUGUCUUCGCCAUCAAGCACGCCGUGGAGGGUCGUGCCGAGAUCGGCCAGGACACCUACUUCACACUGAAUUCUCCUGCGCUGGUGCAACAUGUCCAGACAGCUUGCCAGGUAAACUCUGACCAGUUCACCUUUGGAAACUGACCGUUUCUCAAAAGGUAUGAAGAGAGCUUUUUGUGAUCCCAGAUGGAGCUGAUAACAUGAUGACACAUGUGCCAAGAUUAUGUAGAGAUUAAGCCAAGAUUUAUCUUUAAUGUGUGUAGCGUUUUUUUUUAUUAUAACACAAAGAAAAAAUGAUAUGAGAAGACAUACUAAUCAUUAACUGUCGUCUUUAGCAUGAGAUUAUGCUUAAUAUUAGUGGUUCUUCAUGAACGAUAUAUGGUUAAUUUUAAUGGUGUUUUAUGAACGGUAUAUGGUUAAUAUUAAUAGUUUUUUAUUAGUGGUGUAUGGAAGGCAAAUUAGCUACUUGCUCUGUAUGCGGAGCUUUUUUUCUUUAUUUUUUUUUUGGAUGGAAUGCUUUCUACAACAUAAAUGUCUUUUAUAAAAUUGUAACUGCGCUUAUAAAAACGUUCCUCGCGAAAGGAAAGUUUUGUCAUGAUUUCUUUUUGAACCUAUUGUCAACUUUUAUCUUUGAAUGUACCUAUAGUCUACUUUUUGUCUAUGAAAAAGAAAAACACUUUACUUUUUUUAGCCCUAUGCAUUAUUAAUUAGUUUUUCUUAAUGAAAUCAUUAUUAUUAUUAUUAUCACUUCGUGUAAAAUAAAGUGCUUAUCACAAAAAA